AUGGUUUCAAAAAAGGCACGGCGCGAAACGCCAGGAACCCUUGACGAGAGUCCGGUGGUGUCGGAUGAUGACGGCAUUGACAUCAGCUUCGUGUCGAAACGCAACGCGGCAUUGGCUUCUCACCAGGUUCUCGGAAACAUAUCUCUCGAUGCGAAGAGCGACUCUGCAAGCGAUUCCGACAGCGCCGACGACGACCCGGAGCCCGACAACUCACCUCCCGAGGCAGGCGCGGAGAGCGAUUCCAGCUCAGACGGUGAUGAGAACCCCGUCGGCGAUAUUCCUAUGCGCUGGUACGACGGCUACGAGCAUAUCGGGUAUACGCGCGAUGGAGACAAAAUCCUCCCGAAGAACAAGCCCUCAGCUCUGGAUCUCGCCGCGGACCCGAGCGCGUGGCGGAGGGUCUACGAUGAGAAGAAUGACAAGGAGAUAGUCCUCACGCAUGAAGAACUAAAGGCGAUAGCCCGUAUGCGUGUUGGCCGAUACCCGAGUGGGGAUGUCGACACCGAGAACGAGCUCAUCGCGUGGUCUGGCGCCCCGAUGAAGCAUGCUCUCACGACGGGAUCGGAGCCGAAGCGACGCUUCUUGCCGUCUAGGCAUGAGGCGCGCCUGGUGGUCAAGCUUGUGCGUGGGAUGCGCGCGGGCGUAAUUAAGCGCCCGAGCGAAAGGGCUAAGGAUGAGGCAACGGAGGAGCUGCUUUAUCAGUAUGAUGCGUGGGCUGACCAUGAGCCAAAGACUAGAGAGGAAAUGACAAAGUCAGAGCGCGCCCGGGAUAUUAUGCGACUCGCUGCUCCGAAACCGCCGUUGCCGACUCAUGGGGAGAGUUACAACCCGCCGGCGGAAUACCUACCGAACGAAGAGGAAGCUAAGAAAUGGAACGACCUUGAUCCGGAGGACAGGGAAACACAGUACCUGCCGGCGAAGCAUAGCUCCUUGCGACAGGUACCGCUGUACGAAAACUUUAUCAAAGAGCGCUUUGAAAGAUGUCUCGACUUGUACUUGGCUGUGCGAGUCGUCAAGGACCAAACAAAGAUCGAUCCGGAAGAGCUCAUCCCGGACCUUCCGAGUCCGAAGGAACUGCGUCCUUUCCCGACAAACAUUGUUUCCACGUUUGGACCGCUGCCUUCGCGGGCGCGAUCAAUUGAUGUGCAUCCUGCUGGCCAAUGGCUUCUGUCGGGCUCCGAUGAUGGUUGUGUGAGAUUGUGGGAGGUCGGUACUGGUCACCUACAAUGCACAUGGAACCUCACAAAGUUUGUCCGAAAAAUCGAUGAUGCUUACCCGCCAGUCAGCUCGGUUGCGUGGUGUCCAAAAGAUCAAGCCUAUGUCUUUGCAGCAACGAUAGGCUACUCGCUCGUUGUGGUGGGCGCAGCAUCUGCUAUGGGGAUAGCAGUAGAAGAAACGGGGAUGGCGAUGGAGAACCAAAGGGCUUCCAGCCCUGAUGAAGAACGAAUUGAGAUCAUGAAGGAAGCAGGGGUAGUCUGGGAAGAGAAAAAUGUUGAUGAGCAUGAGCAGGAAGGGAACAAGGAUGCGGAAGAAGAGGAAAACCCAGUGGGUGAGAAUCGCGCCGAGUCUGGGGAAAAGGGUAACGGAAACGAAAACGAUUUUGGGGAAACCAAGGAAGACGAGUGUCAUAUUAUUACGAUUUCACACCCUAGACCUCUUCGAACGCUCUGCUGGCAUCGAAAGGGCGACUACAUCGCAUGUGUUGGUAAGGACGGGAGUGGUGGGACAGUAGCCAUCCACAGGCUAUCGCACCGAACAACGCAGAUGCCAUUCAAAAGAAAAACAGCGUUGGUGCAGGCGGUGAAAUUCCAUCCAACCAGACCCUUCUUUCUCGUUGCGACAAUGCACCAUGUGAGAAUCUAUAACUUGGCGUUGCAGCGAAUGGUGAAGACGUUAAAACCAGGAGUGUCAUGGAUCUCGUCGAUCGACGUCCAUCCGAGUGGAGACCACGUGCUAGUGACUUCGUACGACAAACGGCUAUGUUGGUUCGAUUUAGAUCUGUCCAUACGGCCGUACAAGACGAUACGAAACCACGACAAGGCGGUACGCACUGCCAAAUACCAUCCACGAUUACCGCUGUUUGCAGACGCUUCGGAUGACGGAUCGAGCCAUAUCUUUCACGGAAUGGUUUAUGAUGACCUUGCGAAAAACGCUCUAAUCGUGCCGGUGAAGAGGCUCGAGAGCUGCUCCAAAAUUGUGAGCUCGCUUGGUGUGCUUGACAUCGCGUGGCAUCCUCGGCUGCCGUGGCUGUUCACGUCGGGGGCGGACAGCAACAUCCAUUUACUAACAGAUUGCUCCCAAGGAUAA